ACUACACCACUGGAAGGAAGCCUAACCAGAAGCGAGUCAACUCUGGUGGCGCUCUCUCCCGUCAAUUGCCCCUCCUUUGUCACUAACAAUUUUACUUUUUGCCCUCUUGCCUUCCUUCUUGCCUAGCUAAACUCGCAGGGGCCUGAUUCUGGCCAAAUUUCCACUGACCACCUCCCAGAGCAAUUGCUCCCCCCCGAUAGAGGCAGAUUGAUGAAAAAUCCUGCAAUCAAUCAAACUCAACAUCAACAUCAUCGCCCCAUCGCAUCGUAGGUCAUUUUGACCCUGGGGCCAUCAUCUAAGGUUUUAUCCAUCCGUUUUUGAUUGAAACGGAUGUCGCGACCGCGAUAUGACGACCACUGAGGUCGGGUUUACCGACCAUUCCAAUCUGCUGCGAGUAAAACGGGCAGAAUGCAGUGCAAUUGUGACAUCGCGAAAGCGGAAGCUUCGCGAGUUGUUCGCUAUCGCGACAGAGGUCGAUAGCAUUCCCAACUAUGACUUUACCGAUCCCGACGCACCGCCCGCCACACCCACCGAAGCGCAGUUCUUGUUCGAUUGCGACAUACUACAAGGGCGCAAACUUAACGAAUUAAACAUUCCGGCGCGGCCGAAACCAAAUUACGAUGUUCUCCAGCGCUUCUUGGCUAACGCAAGUCCCUCGUCGAGUGAGAACCACCCUCAGGCCUUGUUGAAAGCAGGAUUGGAGAAUGGCAUCCCGGCCACGACGCCCGCUUCCCAGUUUGCGGAAUCUCCUGGUGUCUUGUCAAGACCCAAAGAAGGAAACGCGACUCAAUCACCACCAUUGUUGACCCCGAAAUCCCCGAAACCAGUCGAUUCCCGAUCUAAACCGAGUCCACAACUCGCGACGAAAGCUGGCUUACCAUUGCCAGUGUUGGAGAGAGCGAGUGAUGGACAAACCCACGAACCUACGAAGGACCUCUCGGUCCCACACGAGCCAGGGCGAGAUGCGGAACGAACCUCUGCGAGUGGCAUCCCAAGCCUUGACCAGGAAGCUCACGAGGCUCGAAAACCCCAUCAUGUGCCCAUCGUGCCGACCGUUCCCGAAGAGCAACCUAUCCCUGAUGCGACCGAGGCCAGUGCCAAGCCUGGAGAAGACAGUGCGGGCGGGCUUCCUGAGCCCAUGGACAUUGACGAUGGACAAGUUCCGAGUGCGCAAGAGGGUGCCAACCUUGUUUCCAUCCGACCGCCCACCGGUGACUCCGCCAAGGCGCCCGAUGUACUCUCAUCUCCAGGAUCCACGCCUGCCCAGUCGGCGAUGACUCCUGCUAUCCACGACACCUCCACGGAUACGAGCCCGGAGAACGAAGGGUCGCAAUACGUGGAGCCCGAGAACGAGAAGGCGGAACUGCCGAAGGAUCCAGCCGUAGGUCAUGUUGUGGAACAGGAAGCUCCAGUUGUUUCUGGCGAUGGUUUAAUCCAAGAGGACCAUGUGACCUCGGACGUGAUUGGAGGGCCGCUGAACGGGGUUGAAGCGCAGCUACUGCAAGAAUCGGCUGCGGCAGCAAGGCUUGCCAAGGCUGACGAGAAACCUGACGGCUCCGAAUCGCUGGAGACCGCCGGUGCAUCCCAAGGCCGUCCUUCAACUGCGUCGUCAGUGAUCCAGACCACGCCCAAAGAAAGCGAGCUUAUUGCCAAUGAAGCGCAACUUAAAGUCUCGGCAGUUCCUCAGGAGCAGGCGCCUGCUGAUAAAGUGCAGGUUUCUGCUAGUCGCGAACCCACACCGGCGGAUUCCAUAGCCCUUGAAAAGGCUGUUGUGCCACAGCCUUCCCAGGUGGUUGUUGCUGAAGUACAAAAGGCUGAUGAUGGGCCACUGCUCGAACCCUCACGCCAAGUCCAAAGUCUGUCCCCAACUCAGCCCCCCGAACAGCCAACUUCGGCCACGAGCCCACCAGUCGCAGAGAGGGCGGUUACUCGUAUAUCAUCUGGUGCAUUACGACAGAAGUCUGUCUCGGAACUGCUUGGAGAGACCCCUAGAGCUGUAUCUGCUGGACCCGACGGUCAGCCAGCGACUGGAGACAAAUCCGAGGCGUCUCAAAGUGUGACUACUCCACGACUUAAAUCCCUCGCCAACAGGGGCAGAGACGCGCGGAGGAGGAGCGUCCCGACCGUCGUUUUUGGUAAGCAGGCAAAGCCUACGAGGAAAUCCGAGGACACUUCCAUGGUCCCCCACAGCGAGAAACCAGGGCAACUUCCGGUUGACGACUAUUUCACACCACUCUUUAUCGACGGCUUCACGCGGCAAUCCAAAUGGAUGAAGCCCAUCGAGCAACUCUUAAACCAGGCCCACAAGACCAUCUCCACCUCGGAUCAAUACUUGUCGAUAUUAGACCAUCAGGCAUGCCGCAUCCUCCGCAGGGUCUAUCAUCUUCAGCAAAAUGAUAAAUGGUCACUUCGGCAGCCUAUGCGCUGUCCCGAGCCCACGAGGCCGCCAUCCCAUCAGGAUGUCCUUCUCCAGGAGAUGAAGUGGAUGAGGACCGAUUUCAGAGAAGAGCGCAAGUGGAAGCGCGCUGUGGCAAAGAACCUUGCCUCUGCCUGUGCCGAAUGGGUUAGCUCGAGCCCCGAAGAACGCAAGUCACUACAAGUGAACGCCGUCAUCCCUCCCAUAACCCCAGCCCCCGAGGUAGAAAUGACUGAUGUCGAUGGCGACAUGGAGGAUGCGACACCUGAGUUGGUCCAUUUUGACUCGCCAAUGGGAAAUGACCUUGAGGAACCUGUGGAAGCACUGCGGCUGAUGGAGACGGUGGCGCCCUCGGCAAUUUUUGCGUUGCAGGAUGAUGAGGUUGUCUUUGGCCUUCAGCGGUCGCAGACGUCUGACCAGCUGCUGGAAGAGCUUCCCCUGUACGGGGCGCCGCUGAAGGUUCCAAAGUUUGACCUCACUGGCCCGGAAUAUGAUCCGGACGCCGCCUGGAAACGUCCGGCCCUACCCCUGAGCAAGUACGUUGAAGGCCAAAUGGUAUUGUCAACGGAGAUACCUCCAAGGAAACGAUCCCGGUAUAAUUGCGAGGAAGACGCCGAGGAAGAUGAUGGACGAGUUGUCUUCGGCGACCAGCCUGACAAGAGUGCCAUGUUGUCGCCCGGGAACGCAGAUGUUGCUCUUUUCAACCCCGAGAUGAAGCCGAUCCGCGACCGUCUCCAUGCUGGACACCAAUUCCGGCCUCCGACGGAAUAUCCCAUGCCCCUCCAGAGCUUCUACGAAUGUCGUACGGCGUCACAGUGGACCUGGGCAGAGGACGACGAGCUGAAGGCGUUGGUGCGCGAGUAUUCGUAUAACUGGUCUCUCAUCUCGAGCAUGAUUUCGACCAGGUCUACCUUCCCCUCCGGAGCCGAACGACGGACCCCUUGGGAGUGCUUCGAGAGAUGGGUCAAUUUGGAAGGACUGCCGAACGACAUGUCGAAGACACAGUACUUCAAGACAUACCAGAACAGAAUCGAGGCAGCACAGCGGGCGAUCAGGCAGCAGAACGAGAGCGCACAGCAGCAGAUGGGCCCCAAUGGAGCCGUCGCACCAGUGCCUCGAAGGAGACCGACCACAACUGUGCGCGUUGACCGGCGGCGCAACCAGAAGCACUUGGCCUUGAUAGACGCCAUGCGGAAGCUCGCCAAGAAACGGGAAACGGCGGCGGCGAAGGCUCAGCAUGCUGCCAGCCUAGCCGCAAUGCGGAAAGCUAACGAGGUGCAGAGACAGCCGGGCCCUAUUAAGACGCCCCGCGAUUACAGUUUGAUGCGGUGGGAACGCGACCAACAGCUGGCUGAGAAGAUGGCACAGUAUGCCCAGCGGCAGCAGGAAGUGUUACAGAGAAGGGCUUUGCAGGCCAGGUCUCAAAGUCAAGCUGGACAGCUCGCAACCACCAACGGCACGGCGGCCCAAGUUGCUCCUCAAGCUACAGGUCAGCCUGCUACGGCGAAUCCCAUUGCCGGCGCGACCCGUCUCAACGUGCCCGGUCAGCUCGCCGUCCCCGGACAACAACCAAGGGCCCGAAUGCCGAUGCAGGCGCCGCAGAAUGCCAUGGCGGCAGUCCAAGCACAGAUCGGUGGCGGCCUUAUGACCCCGCUUCCCAUCAACGGAAUCCCACAGGCGCAACUUCAGGCAUUGCAGGCUCAGCAUAGGAUGCCCAUGAACAAUGCACAGCCGGACCUCAACCUUGUUUUACAGGCUAGAAGAAUCCAGGACCAGCAGAGGGCGGCUGUUCAGAUGCAGCAGCAGCAGCAACAACAACAGCAGCAGCAGCAACAGCAGCAACAUCAACAACAGGCUCAGCACCAACAGCCGCAACUUCAGCAACUCCAGCAGCCAAGUCAGCAGGCCCAGCAGCAGGUCCAGCAGCAGGUCCAACAGCAGGUCCAGCAGGCUCAACAGGCCCAGCAGAUGCAGCAGGCCAACAACGGUGCUCAGGGAUCGCCGCCGGGGUUGCGGAACAUGAAUGGGAUCAACCAGCAGGCCUUCAUGGCUAAUGCCCAGGCGAUGAUGGCGUCCUUCAACGCUGCUAAUGGCGGCGGAAUGGCCACUUCGCCUGUCGCGGGCCUAAACAUACAUAAUGUGCCCACCGGGUCGCCUAGAAGUACGAUCCCACCUUCGCAGAUGUCAGCUCUCAACGCCCAGCUACGAGAGCUCGAGACCAGCUAUCGGGCCAAGUACCCGAACCAUAGCCAGGACCAAAUCCGGCAGCAGGCCACGGAGCAUCUUGGCCGCCUGUACGUGCAGCGGCAACAGCAGAUCACACAGUCGGCAAUGAGCGCCGCCGCAGGAGCCAUGAGCCAGCAGGCGCUUGCCAACGGCAUGACGGCCACGACGAGCCCGCACCAAUAUGCCCAGCUCCUUCGAGCCCAACAACAGGCGCAGGCAGCUCAAGUAGCUGCCCAGCAGGCGGCCGGACAACACCAGAGACAAUCGAGUGGAAGUGCUACUCCGGUUCCCCGGAAAAUGAACGGGGAAUGAAAACGGGUAUGGUUUUUUGUUUUUAAAGACCUUGGGAAAUCCUCGCGGACGCAGUGGCUCGCUCUCAUUACUUUAUUCUUCCUGCUUCUACUGGUGGUUUACCGCA